AUGUCACCUUCUGCACGCCAUAAGCUUCUGCACGCCAUCUCUGUCUUGCGCACCACGCCGCCUGCACGACUAUCCCGGAGAGUUGGAAACUCAGUCAGCCAAGAAACAAUACAGGAGACAUUCUCGUCAGUGCCAGCUUCACCGCAAUCGGAAUAUGUCCAAGGCUGGGGCGGCUUGGUGUGUUCAAGACUCCCUCGUGAGCUUAGAUUUGAGCUUGUCUGCUGGCUUCACACUGCGCGGUCACUUGUGAAUCUAGAAUUUCUGGUUUGA